UAAACUCUCACCUCGUCCCCAUUUCCCCCGCCGCCGCUGAGCUGCAGUCUACUCAAGGCGACUCUACUCAUAACCUCCGUGCUCUUUGCCUCGUAUACCCACCCCUACAAUCAUGGAGGCUAUUCAGAAGGAGUACGAGCGCCUGAUCAAGAGGGCAAACCUCUCUAAGAGCAUCAACGAUGUCGAGCACUGUCUGAGGUUAUUGGAAAAUGCCCGGGAAGCUAUAUUGAGAGAUCCGACGACCUCGAAAAUGACUCUGGUGAAGCUGCAGCAAGCCAUGAGCACAGGCCUGAGUAAAGUCCAAGACGACCAUAAGGAAAUUUACACUGGACUCAACCGCUAUGGGAAAGCCCUUGACAAAACGUUCAAAGCGGUCUCUACCUAUUCUACGAACGAUUAUGACGCUCUAACCUCCCAGGCGCCGCUUAUAAAGCGAGCCAUAGCUAUGCACUUGAUUCGCGAGGGCCAAUUUUCUGUGGCAGAUUUUUUCCUCACCGAAGCCGGUCCAAUCGAUGUUCCGCCCGAACUUCAACAGGAGUUUCAAGAGAUGUACGAGAUUCUAGACGCUAUGCGUACCCGCCGUGACCUCUCUCUCGCCAUCGACUGGGCUCGUCAGAAAUCGGCCCAACUCGAACAACGGGGUAGUAAUCUCGAGUUCGAACUUUGCAAAUUACAGUUCAUCUGGCUAUUCAUUGAGCGACCGGAACGUGCUAUGGCAUACGCCAGGCGAGAGUUUUCGAGAUUUCAGGAAAAGCAUUUGAAAGACAUCCAGCAGCUUAUGUGUGCCUUUUUGUUUCUGCAAUCUCCAGAAAAGUCGCCGUACUCGAGGAUAUUUGCUGACCCGGAGAAGAGCUGGAAUGACGUUGCACAUUCCUUUACGAAGGAGUUUUGUAGUCUGCUUGGGUUGAGUGCUGAGAGCCCUCUUUACAUUGCUGCCACAGCUGGGGCCAUUGCUCUGCCAACGCUAUUGAAGAUGGCUUCUAUUAUGAAAGAGAAGAAAACCGAAUGGAGCACAGUUAACGAACUGCCUGCGGAGAUAGCGCUCCCACCGGGAUACCAGUUUCAUUCCAUCUUUGUAUGCCCCGUAUCUAAAGACCAGACCACCGACAGCAAUCCUCCGAUGAUGCUUCCAUGUGGUCACGUUAUUGCUCAGGAAUCACUUCAGAGGUUGGCAAAGGGAGGAAGUAGCGUCACGUUGAAAUGCCCUUACUGCCCUAGGGAGAGCAGUCUUCACCACGCCAAGCCGGUAAUUAUCUGAUUGUUUGACUUUUCGGUUCGGUGUUUAGGGUGAUUGUUCAUAGGGUUUCUUCUCAUUUGGGGCUUUCUUCUACUUGUGUAAAAAAAUAUCAAAAUAACGAUGCUCGAUUUUUAUGG